AUGACGGAAGUUGCCAAGGCUAAUCGCCUAAAGUAUUGCAAUGCACCUGCACCGGGAAAGCCACAUAGCGUUGCCGUUCCCGGUUCUGCAAGGCCUGGCUAUUCCGCUACGUACCGGCAUUACGCUGUCGGAGACGGUCCUCUUCUAGAAACUCUUGAUCCUCGGGUCAGAACUCAGCAUGAAGCCUUUGAGACUGGAUGUGCUAUAAACCCCAACUCAAACUGCUUAGGUUGGAGAGAAUAUGACCGUGCCACGAAGACAUGGGGCGCAUAUCAAUGGAUGAACUACGGCACUGUCAGGCAGAGGAGAACUGAUAUUGGCGCUGGUAUCCUUCGGCUUCACGAACUGGCCGGCCUCCCUAAUCGUCAGAUCGGUGUUGGCCUUUGGAGUCCGAAUAUGCCACAAUGGCAGCUCGUUGACCUUGCCGCAAUGGCCUAUAGCAAUUUCACUAUCUCCAUAUACGACACUCUUGGUCCCUCGACAACUGAGUACAUCAUUAACCACGGCGAGAUCCCAACUGUUGCAUCCACCGUUAAUCAUAUUCCAACCCUGUUGGGGUUGAAGGAUAAAUUGCCAUCCCUAAAGUACAUUAUUGCUAUGGACUCUAUCGAUGACGGCGAGCUACCCGGCAACCGAAAGCAGGAUCUUCUCAAUGCAUGGGCUAAAGAGAAGGGUGUUGAAAUCUUGUCGCUUCUCGAUGUUGAGGCUCUUGGACAGAAGCAUCCACGCCCACUUGCUCCUCCCUCUCCAGAUGAUAUUAUCACCAUCAACUAUACUUCAGGAACCUCUGGCGUCCCCAAGGGUGUCAUUUUGACUCACAGGAAUGCAAUUGGUGCUUUCGCAACAUCGAUGAUCUGUGCUCCCCAAACCGAUAAUUCCGUAAUGAUCAGUUACAUGCCACUAGCACACAUCUAUGAGAGAGUCUCAGAGCAGGCUGCACUGGGUGCAGGUGCUGCUAUUGGCUUCUUCCACGGAAACAUCCUUGAACUGGGAGACGAUAUCAAACUAUUGCGCCCAACUGCCUUCUGCUCCGUCCCUCGUCUUUACAACCGUUUCUAUGCUGGUAUCAAAAAUCUAACAGUCGAUGCCCCUGGCCUCAAGGGUGGCCUGUCCCGCCGUGCUGUUGACACAAAGCUCGCCAACAUGAAGUCAGGUGGUACAAACAAGCACGCUAUCUAUGACCGUAUCUGGUCAAACAAGAUCAAGGCUGGUCUUGGAUUUGACAGAGUUCAAACAAUGAUCACUGGAUCCGCCCCAAUUUCUCCAGAGGUUCUCCAAUUCCUUCGUGCUUGCUUCGCCAACGACUUCUUCCAAGGAUACGGUCUUACCGAAUCUUACGCAGUUGGGACUGUUCAAUUAUUUGGUGACUAUACCGCAGGAAACUGCGGUGCCAUUACCCCAACAAUGGAAUUCUGCCUCAUGGAUGUUCCAGAAAUGGACUACCGUUCUACGGACAAACCGUAUCCACGUGGUGAAAUUCUCCUUCGUGGAACCACCCGAUUCAGAGAGUAUUACAAGUCUCCGGAGCAAACCGCCGGAUCCAUUGACUCGGAAGGUUGGUUCCACACCGGAGACGUCGGCUCCUUCGACAACCUUGGCAGACUAUCUAUCAUCGAUCGUGUCAAGAACAUCUUGAAGCUAGCGCAAGGAGAAUAUGUUGCACCUGAGAAGAUUGAGAACGUAUACCUUGCGAACCUUAAUAUUUUCGCAAUGGCAUACUGUCACGGUGAUUCUCAACAAUCCUUCCUCGUUGGUGUUUUCGGUGUCAACCCCGACACCUUCGCUCCAUAUGCAUCCAAGAUCCUUAACAAAGAAAUUGCGGCAACUGACCUUGCCGCAAUCAAGGCAGCUUGCAGAGAGAAGGCUGUUGUUAAGGCUGUUUUGAAGGAUAUGGACAAGGUCGCUAAGAGGAGGAAGCUGACUGGUUUCGAGAGGAUAAGAAACGUCACCUUGGAUGUGGAACCAUUCAGCGUCGACAACGAAUUGCUUACUCCUACACUGAAACUGAAGAGGCCACAAACCGCUAAGAAGUUCAGGCCCGAAAUCGAUGCCAUGUACGCCGAAUCCAACGCCGAAUCACCUAUUAACGCCAAGAUCUAA